CACCUCGCUCGCCCCCAAGGCCGAGAGGCCAAGCGGCGCUAUGUGGACGCGUGCUCCAAGCGGUUGCCGCCGCCCCUCCGCCGCGCCCUCGCCGCCGCCAUCGCCAGCCAGGCCGCCGCCCGCUGGGAAGGCGGUCGCGCGCCCUUCGCUUCGGCCGAAGCCGCGGCGGAGCUGCUGCUGCUGCACGCCCGCGCAGUGGGGGAGGAGGCGGCGGCGUCGGAAGCCCUCGGCGGCCGAGGAGGCGGAGGCUGCCUGGCGGCUGCUCGCGCGGCGCUCGCGGCGUCGCACGAGCUCGAGGCGGGUCGCUCAUUCGUGGCCCUGCUCGGCGACGACUCUUUCGAGGCGGCACUCUCCUCGCUGCUGCCGCUCUGCGCGGUGCCGCUGCUGCGCCUCGGCCUCUCGGGCGACGUGCCGCGGCUGGUGUCGCACGCACUGCCGGCCACCGAGUCGCUCCUCCGCUUCGUGCGCAGCCGCUCGCUCCCCCCCGCUCAGCGCGAGGCGGGGAUGUCCCUGGCUCUGGACGACAUCGCCGGCGCCGUCGUCGGCUACGUGCACCGUGUCGCCGCCGCGUCGGAGGCGCGCGGCGGUUCCGCUCGCGGAUCUGGCCGCGAAAGCGGCGGCGGCGGCGGCGGCGGCGGCGGCGGCGGCGGCGGUGAUGGAGGUGGCGGUGAUGGAGGUGGCGGUGAUGGAGGUGGCGGUGAUGGCGGCGGUGGCGAGUUGCGGCGGUUGCUAGAGUGGGCGGCGGCGGCGUGGCGCAGCCUCCGCGUCGCCGUCGAUCCUCUGGGCGAGAGAGCAGGUGGGGCAAGCAGCCUCUCCGACCACACCCGCCGCUCGCUCGCCGCCCUCGCCCUCGCCACGCGGCUCGAUCCGAAGGUGCAAGGCCGGCUGAGUCCGGAGGUCGAGGCGCCGCUGCUGAGGCGGUUCGAGGAGCAGGUGUGCGCGGCGGCACCCGAGUAAUAUACUGUGAGGGUCCGGGCACGUGAUUUGCAACUAUUGUUCGAGUGUGAAGGGCGGCCUGUACAAAAGUAACAUAUUU